CAACACUUUCAAACCCGUCGGUCUUAGGUUUUAUUGUCAAUUGUAGGAAAUGUCUAGUGCGUCAAGUAACCAGUCGGUGGUUCGUGAUGGGACGGAAUACGAGGAUGUAUACCCGUCCGGUCAUAAAGACCAAGAGAGCCCCGGCGAAAGUAGGAGUCCGUCUGCCUCCUCUUCAUCCUCAACAAAUGAGGAUGUGGAGAUAGUCGAAGUAGAGGGUUCCGAUGAUGACGGGGAUCAACAACUGGAGUCCGUUGUAGGCGCUGAUGGACUAAGGCAGUUCAUCAUGUUGCCAGAGUGGACUGUUCAUAGGUUUACAUCCGUCAUCAGGGAGAGACAUUUCAGCACCUUCAGGACCAACUUCCAAAUCCCAGACUAUGUCUCCAUCCGUCUACCGUAUGUGUCGGAGAAGUGUUAUUACGAAGGGGUAGACGGUGUAGGAGUGUACGAACAGGCAUUGAAGGCUGGACUUCGAUUCCCGCUUUCUACCCUUCAUAGGGAACUCUUGCAGUAUCUGGGGUUGUCCGUCACCCAGAUAUCCCCUAACGCCUGGAGGGUCUUCAUAGCCAUGGAGAUUCUCUACGGUGCAAUGUCAAACGGGGAAAGGAAAUUGACGGUCCGUGAAUUUCUUCACUGUUACCGUCCAGACGAGAUUUCUGGAUCGAGGGGGAUGUACAGUUUUGCCAGUCGGAGCCCCUUGUUGAAGGUGAUCUUUGAGACCCCAGACUCAAAUAGAGACUGGAAGAGUCGGUACUUCUUCCUGGAGGGUGAUAGAUGGAUGAACCAUCCAGGGGAGACGGAGUUCAUGCCCGUCGACACAACUUGGGCAGUUAUAAAUCAGACACGUAGACGGCGCCCACAAGUCAGCCUCGAGGAGUUUAGCUUCCUUGAAAAGGUUUGCAAGAAGACUACGCCGGAGGAAAGGACUUGGGCGAAGUUGGUGAACCCGAGGACCAUACAUUGGUACUGCGACGGUCCUGAGCCCACCCAAGAAGCGAUAAGAUACGACGAGCGAGUUCACAAACAGAUGGAUGACGCAAAGAGGAGGGCUUUGAUCAAGUCCCAAGCCGUCAAGAAGAGGGAAUCCGGCGAGGAGGUUCCUAAGGCAUCAGCUUCAAUCCCUAAAAGGAAACUGACGACAAAAUCCGACCGUCCCUUUAAGCAACCAAAGGUCUCUCUUGAACCUGUGGUUGGCUUAAUGGCUGAGGGUAACAAGGCCGUCACCCCAGCGAAGCAGGGGAAGGGCAAAGGAUUGAUGGCGGUCCCAGACGGUAAGCAAGAGAGACCCCCUUCCCUUCUUCGUGAUGACUCCAAGUAUGCAUUGGAGAAACUGUCGUCCAUCAUCACGGCAGAAGACUAUGAAGACCUGGGAAACCAUUCGACGGAGGCCAUGGGGGAGACGGGCCUCUUCGCCGUCGCUCAGGUUGGUUAUGUUUGUCAAAUAAGUUUUUGUUUUUCAUUCUUCCUGUUACUUACAUUAUGUGACGGUCUCUUUUCUACUUGCAGUCCUUGGUCAUGAUGAAGGGACUACUUGACCGGUGUCUCAACCGUGAGAGUAGCUUGGACCGGGUGCGCGCGAAGGCGCAGCAGACGGAGGAAGAGCUCGGACAACUUCAGAGAUGGAGGUCUAAGAUGGUGAAGAAGCUGGAGCUUUCUGAGCAG